AUGAACGUAUCUUGGAUUCGACAGAAGGACUUGCACGUGUUGAGUAGCGGUCUUAACAAGUACACGCAAGACGAUAGAAUCCAAGUUCUUCAUAAGAAUGGAACCGAAACUUGGAACCUGAAGAUCCGUGACGCCAUCGAAAGUGACUCUGGAGUCUACGAAUGCCAAGUAAACACUGAACCCAAAAUCAGCUCUUCCGUUACUCUCAACGUCACCGGAGACGCAAAACUUGCAGACGUCAUCAGGUGUCUGGAGAUUUGCUCUGGAGCAGAUGCGAAGAAGGCAUGUGCUGUUAUGUUCAUGGAUUCAUCAGCUUAA